CAAACUGGAGGAGGAGUGAAAAUACUGGCAGCAGCAGGGACUUUGCAGGGUUUAGGGCUGACGGGGACGUUUUAUACAUUUUUUUAAAUACAUUUUGUACAAUUUAUAACUUUUUUCCUGAAUACUUUUAAUACUUUGCUACACUUAAUUUAACAGCAGAAAAGCUGACUGAAUAGGCUGCAGCUAGCUAUUUCAUAAGAUUGAAACUAUUUUUUUCUUCUCAACAGGGCUUACAGUAGCAGAGCCAGAAAGCAAAUAAGCUACCAAACAAUAUAUUUCUGAAGUAAUAAUUUGUGUUAAAGUCAACGAGGACCAAUUAUUUUGCAUCGUGAUCAGCUAUAACACUUGACGUUGAAAACCUCUAAAAGCCACAGUGUUGAAAAGUAACGUAUUCUGUAGCUAACGUUCGCUAGCUCCAGGCAGGAUAAUGACGGCAGUGCAGUUGAUAAACAUCCAGAGGUUAUUGGAAGCGGCAGAAUAUCUAGAAAGGAAGGAGAGAGAGUGUGAACACGGCUAUGCAUCAACGUUUCCGUCGUCUGUCCAGAACACAAAUUACCAGAGGCAAAAGAAGUUUCGAAACAAGAAGUUCCACAAUAACCAUAACAGGUCCACGCACAACGAGCUGGAGAAGAAUAGGAGAGCCCACCUUCGCCUGUGUUUGGAGAGGCUGAAGGCCCUCAUCCCUCUAGGAAAAGACUGCAACCGCCACACCACUCUGGGGCUGCUCAACAAAGCCAAAUCCCACAUUAAGAAACUUGAAGAGGCGGACCGUAAGAGCCGCAACCAGCUGGACUCCCUGGAGCGGGAGCAGAGGCACCUCCAGCGCCAGCUUGACCUGCUGCAGGGGGGCGCCGGAGCCGGGCCGGGGGAGGGUGAGAGGAUACGCAUGGACAGUGUGGGGUCCACCCUCUGCUCCUCCGAGCGCUCCGACUCCGACCAAGAGGAGAUCGAGGUGGACGUGGAGUCCACGGAGUUCUCGGAGCAGGGGGAGUUGGACUCGGUCUCUCUGGCCUCCACCAGCGACCUGGAUGACCACAGCAGCCUUCAGAGCCUGGCCAGCGACGAGGGCUACUCAAGCUGCAGUGUCCUGAAACUCUCAUCCACCUUCUCCUCCACCUCCUCGUAGGACAUGGCUGUUGGCUGUAAACUCCUCCAUCCCGACUCCAGUCCGUGACCUCUGGGGGGAUGGGGGGGGGGGGCCCCCCCCCCCCCCCCCCCCCCCAUUCUCCCAACCCUCUGGCAAGUGACGAAGGCCCAACCCGGAGCCUUCUAGAAUUCUCUCCACCCGCUCCCUACCUCGCCCUCCGUCCACUCUGUGACUCGUUAUGGCGUCGUGGAAACGCACACACCCGACACGUAUCAUCGCCGACUGCGCCGUUGCCGUGGUAACCAACCUCGCGUGGCGCCGUAACGUUCUGUUAACCCCCGGCCUUCUGAGGCAACUGCUUCCUGUCCGCAACGCCUCUGCUCUUUGCCACACACUUACUCCUUUGUGUCCCCCCGUCCACUCGCUGCUCAACCCGCUGUCCGAGGAGAACCCCUUUCUGAAUCCCUGCCCUGGUUUCAUGCAGAAUUUCGAACCCCCCAGUCCCAGUGAACAGUAGAUGAGGACUAGAGCUCAAUCCAAACACAGAACCAACCAACGAUGAGCAGGAAAUGGUUUUAGAUUGGUUAGACUUCAUGAAUGCUGGGAGAAAUCUUAUGAAUUUAUUUCAACAAAUAUUAUGCUGAGAUAGGAAUCAUCUAGAUUUUUUUUCUUUGCAGGCAUAUUUGAAGGGAAUAGGUAGCUUGUUUAGAAAUCGGAAAUUAUAUUUGUUAAAAAAUAAAAUAAAAAUAAUACGACCCCAUAUGUUAGUAUCAGAAAUGCACUUAAAGGUCUAAAAUAUAUCGGAGUGAAUGAGUCUGGAAAAACCUGUGUGGCUGUACCGUGUGUUUGGAUCUUUGAUGUGGUCCUGCUCUGUGCUAGGCCAAGUCAAUGUUCUGCUGGGCUUUAAAAAAUGAACACGUCGGAAUUUGGACAUGGACUGUGCGAGAUGUCGGGUCUGGUUGCUGUAUCAACACGUUUUAGUCCACGAGCGAUGUCCCUUUUUGUCUUUUCUUUUAUGAAGUGUUUCUCGUUCACCCCUGCUAAACCACACCGAUGCAGAAUCCAAUAGACAUUCAAAAUGGUGCUACGUGCAAAACUACGACAACCAACCCAUCAACAGCACAGAUCAAAUGCUUUGACAACCCACAAUCCUGAUUGAUGUUUCAAAGUUAACAGAAGAGGGAGAGAAAGGAAAGAAGUGAGAUGUAAAAAGUAUCCUUACAUUAUAUACAUUCCCAUAAAAUGUGGGUGGUGCUCUGUUCCUUUUCAGAAGAGUGGAAAUUGUAAAAUGUGUUUUUUCAAAAAAGCAGCUACCACAACAAGCUAUCCUGCACUUGCCAACCUUAUAGCUAUCUAUAGAAACCAACCGGCACAAUUUCAAACGAAACAAAAUGUUGGACCAUAGAGACAAAGCAUCCAUCCUUUCGGUCUCUCCGGCAGUAAUAAGCAAUAAGUCUUUGUAGUUGUCUUUUGUGUUGUUUUUCCUCCAUUUGAUCUUACCCUUUGUUUUUUUUCCAAAGCAAAAGACCUGCAGCCGUCCCAAAAAAAAACAAGAAUUCAACUUGCUUUGCUUUUUGUACAUAAGUCCAUACAAAAUAGCUUCUUAAUGAAUUAAAGAUGGGGAAAAGGAUAGAGAAAAUGUAAGUGUAAAAAAAAAUAUAGUAGGUGUUUUUUUUUUUUUUUUUUUGACCUUGUGUUUUUGUGCAUUUUAAAUUAUAUUUUUGAAAAGAUUUAUUCUAGUUCUCUCAGUGUGACCUAGCAGGCAGUCGGGCAGGCAGUCAGGCAGGCAGUCUGACAUUUGCAUGACUUGGAUCGGACAGUAUUACUUUGUUCAUUUUGCUGGUUGAAACGUUCAAAAGUUACCAUUCUGUAGCUGUCCCGCUCUUCCCCAAGAGAAGUUACACUUCACAGUAAUCAAAUGAUAGUUCAGAACACAACGAAAAUCUACAGGAGAACAACAUCUAUACAGUCACAAAAUGGCCUCCACCCUACAACGACUUCUGUUUAUCAACGCUGAGUUUGUGUGGCACUCUUAUUUAUUCGAGUUGGUUUUUGUUUAGUUUUUUUGUUUAGAACUUUUAUUUUUGAAACAAAAAAAGUAUAUGGCAUUCCACUAGUGGUAUCUUGUGAGCUGUGAUGGAACUUGAGUUUGAAGUGGCAACACAAAGGUGUAUGAUGUCAUUGACCGUGUAUGUUGAUGUCAUUGUCCGUGUAUGUAUGAUGUCAAUGACUGUGUAUGAUAUCGUGUACAUCCCUAGCCCUUGUUAGUGAGGGGAAACCAACUUGCACUUCAAUAAGUCUGCUUUUCCACUGUUAUUCUGAACUGUCUUCUCAGCCAUCUCUCCAUGUGUGAAAGACAAAUACCACCACCCUGACUAUCGAGUUUUUAAACUUUAUAUAUUUAUUAUUUCUUCAUUCCUCACAACGAAUACGGAAAGAACUAAAGAAAAAAAAAGAUAACUUAUUUUGUUUCUGUCUUAUUUUAUUCUUCCCCACCCUCCUUAUUCCUCAUUUUUAGAUUUUACUUCAAAUAUUAUAAUAAAUCUUUUUUUUGGGGGGGGGGGGUGGCGGCGCAUGUUUAACUAGCCCUGUUAAAACAGACAAGUUGCACACCAACGUUUGGUCAAAUGGCACCCUAAUCCCUAUGUAGUGAGCCGCUUUUGACCGGUGUGUGGACAGGUCCACUAUGUAAAGCAUGGGGCGCAAUUUUGGGAUGCACGACAUGCUGAAAUCAGUUGGAAUUCCAGGCUAACGUCCCCCCCCCACCCCUCCCCCCAGUUGUUUUGUAUUGUUUUAAUUCACGGACACCUGAAAUGUAAUCAGCCCCUAGGCUGCUCCCGUUGCUAGGCUCCGCCUCUUAUGCACCGUAGACCGAGUUCCCAACCAACCCGCUACCCCGUGUACCCUAGGUUUUACACCCCAACUCCUAGGCGCACCGGUAGAGUUCCAAAGGAUCAGAAAAAGGUUUUAGGCUACAUGGUAAUGCCUUCACCUUGUCUCCAGAUAGUCUGGUUGGAGUUACGUGUGUGUGUGUGUGUGUGUGUGUGUGUGUGUGUGUGUGUGUGUGUGUGUGUGUGUGU